AUGCCCAUAAAUUUGCAGUCCUACGGCUACCUUCUCUUGGGCCCCACGUCGUUUGACGGCGGUGGCACGCCCAAUUUGAUUGGUCCAUGGGCAUGGCGAGCUCUCCCUAGCCGCCGCUGCCGUCGCUUCACGACGUCUGCUACCAUCAACCGCCUCCAAAAUCACUAUACCACUCUGGGCGUUUCUACAAAUGCUUCCUCCUCAGAUAUUAAGAAGUCUUACCGUCUUCUUGCUCUCAAGUAUCAUCCUGAUGUUAACAAGGAAUUAGGAGCUGAUGAGGUUUUCAAGAGCGUCCGUCUUGCAUAUGAUAUACUGAUUGAUGAAAAAAAAAGAAAUCAAUAUGAUUGGACGCUUCAACAUCAAGAAAAUGCUGGCGGGUCAUCAGAGGAUAAUUGGGCCUUUAACCCUGAACAUGAAGAUGGACAAAGGAUCUAUAGGUGGGCUUACUUGAGGCGGAAAAUGCAGCGUGAGAAAUAUUGGGAACAAUACCACACAGAUGAUGAUGAAGUGUACGAGGAAUCUGAAGAAGAAAACACAGCUGAGGAGAGAGGGUCCUUUGUUGAGGUGCUUAGAUCAGCUUUCCUCUCCAUGUUUCUGAUGCAGACAGUAGGUACCCACUUGUCUCUCACGUUUAGUAGCCUUAUGGCUUUGCUUGACCGGAAUUUGGACACUGGGUACAAGGUGGGUUAUGUAUUUGCAUGGCUAUUGGGAGGAAGAGGUGGCAUUUUGCUUACAGUGUUCCUAUCAUUUGCAAGUUGGGUUUGUGGCAAAACGAGCAGCAGCAUCGUUGCUGUUGUAGUUGUUGCCAUGUGGUUUGGUUCAAAUCUAGCAAGGUAUGCUCCACUUCCACAAGGUGCUCUUCUUACUCUUUUGUACAUGUCAAUCAAGCUACAAGUUGAUCUAAAUUAA